AAGCGGACUUGCCGUAGCAACCUCGGCUCGGCUCGGCUCGGCUCUGUCAUUGCCGAUUCAACGUCUAUUUGGUGCUCUCCGACGCGACGCGGCUCCGUCAAGGAAACAUGGACGAAGGCGCCGAGUUGUCACUGACUAUUGUUCAGCUCGUCCAACGCCUGAAGGGAAGCCAUUUGCACGCUCAGAUGGAGCGAGAAGCUCGGGAGUGUUUACAUCAACCCGAGAUCCGUCUGGACUCAAUAAAGGACGACGUGCGGAGUUUCCUCAGAACUUCAGGCUGGGAAAAAAAACUCCAGAAUGCAGUGUAUCGAGAAUUACAAGUCGAGCGACUGGCCUCGAGUCUCACGGCAGCGGCGCCGCCGGAGCAUGUCAAGGAGCCCUUGGCCUACAUGCGCAAGGCCCAGGCCGGCUGGGAGCGCCGCAUCUUGAAAAGCCUGAACGGCAUGAGCACAGAGCUGGGAGUGCCUCUGGCCCGGAUGAGGACGGCGGCCGAGCAGCGGGAGCUGAGCAGCAAAUGGAACGAGAUGGGCACGGACGAAGCGGAUUUGACCGGCUUCAGGCCCAUCUACGCCGCCAAAGACUUCCUGGAGGUGGUGGUGGCCUUGCGGAGCCCCAACCACAAGUGCGGCGGCGACGAGGAGCCGGGCACCAGGAGCCACUGGGGCCUGAUCCAGGUGCCCCUGGACGUCCAGGACAUCCAGCAGCUGAGAGGAGCCUACGCCGAGCUAAACCUGGCCGCCGGCCAGCUGGGCAUCGACGACGAUGGGCACAUCCAUCCAGAUUUCUUUGAGAGGGACUACGUGGAGACGGCAAAGAAAGUGCUGGGCGGGCAGGACAGCGCAGCGGCGCAGCAGUACAGCCGUCGGGGCUGCCCCACCGGCCUGCGGGCCGACCUCUGGGCCCUCAUCCUCAAUUCUGUGGACCGGCCGCAGGACGCCAUGCAUUUUGAGCAGCUCAAGGCAGGAGUCGUCCAACACGACCUGCUGGUGGACCACCUGAUCCGCAAGGAUGUCAAGCUGACGGCCAGUAACGACGACUACUACUUUGUCUUUGAAGACUUCCUCUACCAGGUCUUGUUGUGUUUCUCCCGGGACGCCAGCGUCUUGGAGCACUUCAAGUACAACAGCGCCACGCCGCCCAAAUCCUACAUCCGAGGCAAAGAAGGGGACGAGGCCUACGCCGUGGUCUAUCCUCCCAACGGCGUGAUUCCCUUCCACGGCUUCUCAAUGUAUGCUGCCCACCCGCGCCUGUUCCAGUGGCCCCGCUGUGCUUCCUGUACAAGGAGCCGUCAGAGCUGUACAGCGUGUUCAGGGAGAUGUACACCCGCUACUUUUUCCGCCUACACUCUGUGUCCUCGGCGCGCUCGGGUAUCGUGUCGCUGUGUCUGCUUUUGGAGCGGCUCCUGCAGACGCACUUGCCGCGACUCUUCCACCACCUGCGACGGAUCGGAGCUCAGCCGUUACGCAUCGCCUUUAAGUGGCUGCUUCGAGCUUUCUCAGGAUAUCUCUGCACCGACCAGCUGCUUUUCCUUUGGGACCGAAUCCUGGGCUACGACUCCCUGGAGCUGGUGGCGGUCCUGGCUGCCGCCGUCUUCGCCUUUCGGGCCGAGAACCUGAUGGAAGUGACGUCUCUGGCUUCGGCCGAGGCCGUCCUCGCCGACCUUUCCACCCUCCGAGUCAUGCCGCUCAUCCAGAGCUUCCUCUUCGCCAUCUAGCGACGAGCUUUGGCCGGACGGUCUGCGAAUUUGCCGACAUUCAGCGUUCCGUGCGGCGCAUGACCUUACUGCAAUGAUAUUGUCAAUGUGGGUGACAGUUUCCAUUUCACACCGUGGGCCACUUGGGGCCUCGGUAGAUGUCGAGUGGGCCGGAUCAUUCAAAUGAUACCAUCCUCUGCUGUAAA